AUGCCUCCGCAUCAAGCUCCAACCGACUUGGAGAACGCCAUUCCAUUCGGUAGUCAAAUGCACCUCUCUUCAUCGGUGAAGUCUCUCAAAUCAUCAUCAUCCUCAUCCUCUCUGAACAACAAUACCAUGAAUAAAACCAAGAACCUCUCAUCCACGGAAAAUCUCAAAGGAACAACUCUCUCAAAUCCUUCUGGAGCCAACCUACAAGGAAAGAAGACACAAGGAGAGAAACGAAAAGCACUCGUUGAUAUCACGAACCAAUCAUCCUCACACCACCUCCAUCCACAACAACUCGCUCAACAACAGCAACAACCUGCUCUCAAGAAGGUAAAAACGACCAUUCAAGUUUUCAAUGAUGAUACGAGUAAUAAUAACACCAACCAUACAAAUACUAUGAACACUUCCCAACCAAAACAACAAGUGAGCUCAAAAUUGAGCAGCACUUCCAAAUCCUCUCUGCGUUCCCGAGAUUUAUCAAAAUCCUCCCAACAACAAUUACCUUCCUUCAAACAAGUCGGUCGGUUGGAAACCAUUCAAACGAUCAACCUUCCUCAAGAGAAUGAGAUUGAGUAUUGUCCUGAACCUUAUGAAUUGGCUGAAUAUCCAACACCAGUCUAUUCAGAAAUUAAUAGUUUAACGGGUGAAGCAGAAGAUUUAUUCAUUACUCUAUCCGAUGAAAAGAUGAAGGAAUUAACGAAAUUACCAAGCAAGGAUGGUUCAUUCCUUUCCUUUCAUGUGAAUGAACUCAUCCAAGGUAAUAAUAAUACAGCCUCCUCUGAUUCUGCAAAUUCUAGUGUAGGAACCAACACUGUACCUCCUUCACCUUUGCCUCAACCUCUUACUCCCGUGUCCUUUGAUGAUUUGUUUAAUUUUGAAGUUUUGUAA